UCACUUCUGCUUGCUUUUGUAGCACCCUUCACCACCCAUCUGGCUCUUUCUUUGGGGUUAAGGGCGCCCUGAGGAAAGGAAGCCAGGAGACUGCCUGCAUUCCUUUCCCGGCCCUGCGGGUCCUGUCUGGGGGAGCCCAGCAGGACCCCCCUGACUGUGCCAGCACCUGUUGGACGGCCACUUGGCGGUCCUAGCCAGUGCGAGACGACGCGACCUGGGGGUGCCCCUCCGGUAGGCGGCGACCCCCGUCCUUCCCCUCGGGCAGCCAGCCGGUGAGCGACUCAGCCUCCCCGCGCCGGCUGCGCACUCCGCCCGGGCUUGGCCCACGGCCCCCUCCUCCCGUCUCCGCCGGCAGGGGGAAGGUAGAGAAGGGGAGGGGACAAACUGGAGCCUCGGCCCGCCCGGCCUGCUCUCUCUACCCCGUGCCGAGACGCCGCUCCGCGCCCCGAGGUUUGCAGGGAGCCCGCAGCGCGGGGGCAGCGCACCAGGAACGACCGGAGCCCCGCGGUGACCCCGAGCUGCCGACUUUCCUCGGGCUUGGAGGAGCGGGGGACGCACCCCAAACAAGGUGAACUUUGAUCGCGGAAAACUCCAGCCAGGUGCCGGGAUCCGUGCGGCGGCGGUCGGGACCGGGCGCAGGCUGCGCGCCGGGCAGAGGAGCGGGCGCCCCGCGGCCUCCCUCCUCCCGCUCCCAGGGCGGCCUCGGCCGGAGCCCCCUCUGCGGCUGCUCGGCCCCGGGGACCCGCCGCGGCGCCCUCGCCUAGUUUCUUCCCCCUCCCCCUUCGGGGGUGGGGGUGGGGCGGGGGAGCGGGGCGCCCGGAGAGCCGCAUCUAUUGGCAGCUUUGUGAUUGAUCCGAAAAGUGCUCGCCGCCAACUUGGCUUCGAGGCCGGCUCCGCGCGACCCUUGAGUGUUGGCCACGGUCCGGUCCCCCACACUGACAGGUGCUCCCAGCCACUCGCUGGGGACUUCUCGGCGCUCCCCCGGCUCCCCCGCGUCCCCACCCCCCUCUUUCCUCCCUCGCCUUCACCCCCACCCCCACCACUUCGGCACAGCUCAGGAUUUGUUUAAACCUUGGGAAACUGGUUCAGGUCCAGGUUUUGCUUUGAUCCUUUUCAAAAAAAAAAAAAAAAAAAAAAAACUGGAGACACAGAAGAGGGCUCUAGGAAAAAGUUUUUGGAUGGGAUUAUGUGGAAACUACCCUGCGAUUCUCUGCUGCCAGAGCAGGCUCGGAGCGUCCACCCCAGCGCAGCCUUCCCCUGGCGGCGGUGAGAGAGGCUCUGGAGUCGCUGCUUCCCAAGUGCCCGCCGGGAGUGAGCUCUCGCCCCAGUCAGCCAAAUGCUCCUCUUCAGGCUUCUCCUGCUGACAUCCGCCCUGGCCGGCCAGCCCGGGACGCAGGCUGAGUCCAACCCGAGUAGUAAAUUCCAGUUGUCCAGCACCAAGGAGCAGAACGUAAAAGGUACCACUGCCAUUACCAUAUACAGAGUUGCUAGUGAAGAUAGUAUGAAGGAUUCUUGAGGCCACCUCUUCCCCACCCCUUUUGCAUAUUCAGCUCAUCAUCAGAUCAGCUUUCUUCAUUUCGACCCCACCACGACUCCUCUGCAGCGGAGUACAAGCUCCCCAGCAUGAGAGAAUUAUUACCGUGUCCACUAAUGGAAGUAUUCACAGCCCAAAGUUUCCUCAUACUUAUCCAAGAAAUAUGGUCUUGGUAUGGAGAUUAGUAGCAGCAGAGGAAAAUGUAUGGAUACAACUUACAUUUGAUGAAAGAUUUGGGCUUGAAGAACCAGAAGAUGACAUAUGCAAGUAUGAUUUUGUAGAAGUUGAGGACCCCAGUGACGGGACUAUAUUAGGGCGCUGGUGUGGUUCUGGGACUGUGCCAGGAAAACAGAUUUCUAAAGGAAAUCAAAUCAGGAUAAGAUUUGUAUCUGAUGAAUAUUUUCCUUCUGAACCGGGGUUCUGCAUCCACUACAACAUUGUCAUGCCACAAGUCACAGAAGCUGUGAGCCCUUCAGUGCUGCCCCCUUCAGCUUUGCCGCUGGACCAGCUUAAUAACGCGGUCACUGCCUUCAGCACCUUGGAAGACCUUAUUCGCUAUCUUGAACCAGACAGAUGGCAGUUGGACUUAGAAGAUCUAUAUAGGCCAGGUUGGCAACUUCUUGGCAAGGCUUUUGUUUUUGGAAGAAAAUCCAGAGUGGUGGAUCUGAACCUUCUAAAAGAGGAGGUAAGGUUGUACAGCUGCACACCUCGUAACUUCUCAGUGUCCAUAAGGGAAGAACUAAAGAGAACCGAUACUAUUUUCUGGCCAGGUUGUCUCCUGGUUAAGCGCUGUGGUGGAAACUGCGCCUGUUGUCUCCACAAUUGCAAUGAGUGUCAAUGUGUCCCAAGCAAAGUGACUAAAAAAUACCAUGAGGUCCUUCAGUUGAGACCAAAGAUUGGUGUCAGGGGAUUGCAUAAAUCUCUCACUGACGUGGCCCUGGAGCACCAUGAGGAGUGUGACUGUGUGUGCAGAGGGAACACCGGAGGAUAACGCAUCGCCACGUGCCGCCUUCGCCCGGCAGUGCAGCGCAGCGGCUGGCUCUGUUAUAGAACUGAUGCGUUACCGCCAUCCAUAAUCUCAGUUGUUUGCUUCAGGGACCUUUCAGCCUUCAGGAUUUACAGUGUGUUCUGAAAGAGGAGACACCAACCGGAAUUAGGAGUUGUGCCACAGCUCUCUUGAGAGGAGGCCUCAAUGACAGGGAAAAGGUCUCCGGGCGUGGAAAAAAUAUUAAAUGUUGUAGAUCACUAGCUAGUUACAGAGUUACCAUGCACUUACUCAGCUGGCUGUGUUCUAUAUUUCAGUUGUCUUGAUAUGACUUAGUUAAUGUCAGUACAGGAAGGAAAUGAGUGCAGAUGGGCACCUGAUUCUAUUGCCUUGCUUAUUAACUCUCAAGCUCCAUAUUCUGGGCCUAAAAAUCCAGAAAUCUGGAAUUUUUCCCUUAUAGUCACAUGUAUAAACCAGAGUGUUCUAUGGCCUACAAACUUGGUUUUGGGGAAAAAAGGAACUAUGUUGCUAUAAAUCAAACUUAAUGUCCUGUUGAUAAGAAAGACUGGAUUUUCCAUAUUUCUUAUAAAAUAUUUCUAUCAUUUAGAAGACACGAACUACAUUUCAUGGUGUGGAAGAGACAAACCUGAAAAGAAGAGUGGCCUUACCUUCACUUUAUCUAUAAGUUGGUUUAUUUGUUUUAUUGUGUACAUUUUUAUAUUCUCCUUUUGACAUUAUAACGGUUUGCUUUUCUAAUCUUGUUAAAUAUAUCUAUUUUUACCAAAGGUAUUUAAUAUUCCUUUUUUUAUGACAACCUAGAUCAACUAUUUUUAGCUUGGUAAAUUUUUCUAAACAGAAUUGUUAUAGCCAGAGGAACAAAGAUGAUAUGAAAUAUUGUUGCUCUGACAAAAAUACAUGUAUUUCACUCUUAGACGGUGCUAGAGCUUAGAUUAAUUUGCAUUUUGAAAUAUUGAAAUGGGAAAUAAAUAGAAUUUGGUACAUUGUGAACACUUUUGAAAAUAAGUAAGUUAUCAUAUCCUCCGCUCCUGUUAUUGGAGAUGCAAAUAAAAAGUGACAUAGGGACAUAGAGAAAUAGACAUCGGAUCCAUCAUUACUAACCCCAAACCCUUAUUGCGGGAAGCGCGAGCCUAGCUCAGAAGAACACAAAGCACCUUGCAAAAAGAGACUCAACGGCUUCCUGAAAAGCUCUGCUGUCCUGUAGGAACACAUCCUAUUUAUUGCGAUGUUCUGGUUUUAUUCUCUUGAAACUCUGUUCCACACGCUUGUAUAAAUACAUGGAUAUUUUAAUGUACAGAAGUAUAUCCUUUAACCAAUUCACAUAUUGUACUCUCUGGCAAUUGAAAAGGAAAUCAGUAAAAUACUUGGCUUGUAAAUGCUUAAUAUUGUGCCUAGGUUAUGUGGUGGCUAUUUGAAUUAAAAAUGUAUUGAAUCACCAAAUAAAAGAAUGUGGCUAUUUUGGGGAGAAA